UGUGACCCGUCGGGCGGCGGCGCGCGGGCCGCCUCGGGAGAGUUUGGGCGGCCGCCGGGGGGCGCGGCGGGGCAGGGGCCGGCGCGGAGGCCGAGCGCGCCCCAGAGCCGCGGCGCCCAUGGCCGGCGGGGGAGGCGGGGACCCGGUCCGGGGGGCGGCCGCGCCCGCAGCCCCCGAGACUCGCGAGCACCUCUUCAAGGUGCUGGUCAUCGGGGAGCUCGGGGUGGGCAAGACCAGCAUCAUUAAGCGCUACGUCCACCAGCUCUUCUCGCAGCACUACCGGGCCACCAUCGGGGUGGACUUCGCCCUCAAGGUCCUCAACUGGGACAGCAGGACGCUGGUGCGCCUGCAGCUGUGGGACAUCGCGGGGCAAGAGCGGUUUGGCAACAUGACCCGAGUAUACUACAAGGAAGCUGUUGGUGCUUUUGUAGUCUUUGAUAUAUCAAGAGGUUCCACAUUUGAGGCAGUCUUAAAAUGGAAGAAUGAUCUGGAUAGUAAAGUUCAUCUCCCAAAUGGAAGCCCUAUUCCUGCUGUCCUCUUAGCUAACAAAUGCGACCAAAAAAGGGAUGGUGGCCAGAGUCCUUCCCAGAUGGACCAAUUCUGCAAUGAACAUGGCUUUGCUGGAUGGUUUGAAACCUCUGCAAAGGACAACAUUAACAUAGAUGAAGCCGCCCGGUUUCUAGUGGAGAAUAUUCUUGCAAACCACCAAAGCUUUCCUAGUGAAGAAAACGAUGAGGGCAAAAUUAAACUAGAUCAAGAGACCUUGAAAGCAGAGAGCAAAUCCCAGUGUUGCUGAGCUGUCUCCUGCGUCUCUGCGCCUGCCUGGGUUCCCAGCGAGUUCCUGAGAAUGAGUUGCAGAGAGGCCGGCUGUGGGUCUUCCCACAGGCAGCCCUUCAAAAUGCAGCUCCACCGUGCAGUGCCUACAUGAGUUUGAAAAUGGAACAUCUGAGACUGCGUCCCUGCGAGUAGCACCACAGCUUAACAGAUGACCGAUAGGCUUUUGUUGUUGUUGCCAUAUAUUGAGGAUAAUGUUUACAUCCUUUUUAAACAUCUUUUUAAGUGACAGUUCCUCAGGAUUUUGUAAGACUUCCUUCCAAGUUGUAGCUUUCAGUGUAAAGGCUAGGUGGUAAUAAAACCUUACCU